CAGAACUGUGUCUUUUGAGCAUUUGAAAAGCGUAAAUAUAACAGGGUUGAAAGCAUUUGUCUCUGAAAGCAGAAAUAAUAAAUUUGUUAAUUACUUUAUUCAGAAUUAUAAUUAAGAUUCUUUUUGCCCAUGUAAGAUAUUAUAAAAUGAAACUUCUUUUAUAAAGGAUUUUUCUAUAACAGUACUUUUCUGUUUUCUAAAAUACAGAAACCACCACUCUCAGCCUGUGCAGUAGCAAUAAUUAAGGCAUUCUAUAGGUAAUAAUUUUGCCUGAUGAGCCAAAUUUGGUAUUGAGCCUCAUGAAAACAAAUGUGGCCAAAUUGAGGCCUGAGAAUAGUUUCCAUUUAUGAAGCAUUCACUCUCCUUAAGGUACUAUUGCAAGCACUUACUAUAUUAUAAUUCACACAACCACCAUAUUACUAUUAGGCCAAAGUUAUAAAAUUGAAACAUGAGGGAGGGAGAGGUUAAAUGAUUUUCCCAAGUCAUGUGGCUAGUGAGUAGGAUAAUAGGAAUCUAAAUGGAGAAAUGUCUGAUGUUAAAGCUAAUUAUCUCUAAAUUCUAGUGAUGACUAGAUCUUCGGAGUUAUAAACACCUCACAGAUAGUUGAUGCUUGACAUUAGCGUCUAAAUAAACUUUAUUAAAUCUCAAAAUAAUGAGAAAGAGAAGUAAAUUAAGUGUCAGAACUUAAAUGGAACUAAACUUGUCAUUUAAUAACAUAUCAGUAUACUCAGUAGCAUGCAAAUAUUAAGGGGAUUUUGAAAUUCAGCUGUUGAUAACAAGUGGUUAGGGAAGAAAUCACUACUCUGAGAGUCUACGUUUAAGAAAACAUUGCACGUGGGAUCAACAUUUAUUGUUUUUAACUAUAAAGAGACGUAAUGUGAGGCUUUGAAAGUCCAUAGACAUAAAAAUACGUAAAAAAAGAAUUAACAUAUGAAUGAAAGUUGUGAACUCAUGGAAUUGUACUUACACCCAAAGCCACCGGAUGUCGCUGUCGUCCACAAAAUAGCUUUUUAGAAUAAAGGCAUCAGCCAGUUUCUCAAGGACUAGGAAGUAGCCUCAUUCUGAGAUCUCAGCCAUUUCGAUAAAAAAUAGAUAUAAGAAAUAGGACAGAAAAUGUCAGAUCGUAUGUGCGUUCUAGACCGCUGAUUCGUCGAUUUGUAAAACAAGAGGAUAAGAUGGUUUCCAGAUGUAGCUGCCUGUGGGUCCAGUGUCCGCUGCUCUCGCUUCUUCUCCUCGCAGCCUGGGAGGUGGGGAGCGGCCAGCUCCACUACUCCGUCUACGAGGAGGCCAGACACGGCACCUUCGUGGGCCGCAUCGCGCAGGACCUGGGGCUGGAGCUGGCGGAGAUGGUGCCGCGCCUGUUCCGGGUGGCAUCGAAAACACACGGGGACCUUCUGGAGGUAAAUCUGCAGAACGGCAUUUUGUUUGUGAAUUCUCGGAUCGACCGCGAGGAGCUGUGCGGGCGGAGCGUGGAGUGCAGCAUCCACCUGGAGGUGAUCGUGGACAGGCCGCUGCAGGUUUUCCAUGUGGACGUGGAAGUGAAGGACAUUAACGACAACCCGCCCAGGUUCUCCGUAACAGAACAAAAGCUCUCAAUACCUGAAUCCAGACUGCUUGACUCUCGAUUUCCACUAGAAGGCGCAUCUGAUGCGGAUGUUGGAGAGAACGCAUUGCUUACUUACAAACUCAGUCCAAAUGAGUAUUUUGUUCUUGAUAUUAUAAACAAAAAAGACAAAGACAAAUUCCCAGUGCUUGUUCUGCGGAAGCUGCUGGAUCGUGAAGAAAAUCCUCAGCUAAAGUUGUUAUUGACAGCAACUGAUGGAGGCAAACCUGAAUUUACCGGAUCUGUUUCUCUGCUGAUCCUGGUGUUAGAUGCCAAUGAUAACGCCCCUAUCUUUGACAGACUGGCUUAUGAAGUUAAGAUGUAUGAAAACCAAGUGAACCAAACAUUAGUUAUACGGCUCAACGCUUCUGAUUCGGAUGAAGGAAUAAACAAGGAAAUGAUGUAUUCAUUUAGCUCUUUGGUCCCACCCACGAUAAGAAAGAAAUUUUGGAUAAACGAAAGGACGGGAGAAAUAAAAGUAAAUGAUGCUAUUGACUUUGAGGACAGUAACACUUAUGAAAUUCAUGUAGAUGUUACAGAUAAGGGAAACCCACCUAUGGUUGGUCACUGCACGGUCCUAGUGGAACUACUGGAUGAAAAUGAUAAUUCACCUGAGGUGAUUGUCACUUCUCUGUCUCUCCCAGUGAAAGAAGAUGCUCAAGUGGGCACCGUCAUUGCCCUGAUCAGGGUUUCUGACCAUGAUUCAGGAGCCAACGGACAGGUCACCUGCUCUCUGACGCCUCACGUUCCAUUCAAGCUGGUGUCCACCUACAAGAAUUACUACUCCUUGGUGCUGGACAGCGCCCUGGACCGCGAGAGGGUGUCGGCCUAUGAGCUGGUGGUGACGGCGUGGGACGGGGGCUCGCCUCCGCUGUGGGCCACGGCCAGCGUGUCCGUGGAGGUGGCCGACGUGAACGACAACGCGCCGGCGUUCGCGCAGCCCGAGUACACGGUGUUCGUGAAGGAGAACAACCCGCCGGGCUGCCACAUCUUCACGGUGUCUGCGCGAGACGCGGACGCGCAGGAGAACGCGCUGGUGUCCUACUCGCUGGUGGAGCGGCGGGUGGGCGAUCGCUCGCUGUCGAGCUACGUGUCGGUGCACGCGGAGAGCGGCAAGGUGUACGCGCUGCAGCCGUUGGACCACGAGGAGCUGGAGCUGCUACAAUUCCAGGUGAGCGCGCGCGACGCGGGCGUGCCGCCUCUGGGCAGCAACGUGACGCUGCAGGUGUUCGUGCUGGAUGAGAACGACAACGCUCCCGCGCUGCUGGCGUCUCUUGCUGGCAGCGCGGGCGGUGCAGUCAGUGAGCUGGUGCUGCGGUCGGUGGGUGCAGGUCACGUGGUGGCUAAGGUGCGCGCAGUGGACGCUGACUCUGGAUACAACGCGUGGCUGUCGUAUGAAUUGCAGUCGGCGGCGGUUGGCUCACGCAUCCCGUUCCGCGUGGGGCUGUACACGGGCGAGAUCAGUACGACGCGCGCUCUGGAUGAGGCUGACUCGCCACGUCAGCGCCUAUUGGUGCUGGUGAAGGACCAUGGCGAGCCGUCGCUGACGGCCACGGCCACUGUGCUUGUGUCGCUUGUGGAGGGCAGCCAGGCACCCAAGGCCUCGUCGCGGGCUUCAGUGGGCGUGGCGCCCGAGGUGGCCCUGGUGGAUGUCAACGUGUACCUGAUUAUCGCCAUCUGCGCGGUGUCCAGCUUGCUGGUGCUCACGCUGCUAUUGUACACUGCACUGAGGUGCUCGGCGGUGCCCACCGAGGGCGCGUGUGGGCCGGUGAAGCCCACGCUGGUGUGCUCUAGCGCGGUGGGGAGCUGGUCUUACUCGCAGCAGAGGCGGCAGAGGGUGUGUUCUGGGGAGGGCCUGCCCAAGACGGACUUCAUGGCCUUCAGCCCCAGCCUUCCAGCGUGCCCAAUGGUAGAUGUGGACAGGGAGGAUCAGUCUAUCGGAGGGGACCACUCUAGGAAGGUGGGUUUUUACGUUUUCAUUUUCCUUUUGUGCUUUAUGAAUAAUAUUUUCUCUUACCGCAUUUUCUCAAAUAUGUAACAGAAUAUUUCAUUUUUGUCUACAUUCCAUUUAUGCUUGAAUAUUUCUAGUUAUACCUUUGUAAUAUAAUUUAUUCCAGGAGUUUUAAAAUUUUUUUAUCCUACCCAGUGUGUCAGCCUUUGAUUGGUACUUAAAUUUUUUUUAAAUAACAAUUUAUUCUGAAUACACUAAUAUUUUCCAAUACAAAUAUGUGAUAUAGGUUGCAGUUCUGAUGAUUUACUUUCAUAAUCACUUUUCGUUACAAAUAUUUGUAAGAUUAGUACUUCAUGUUAUUUCAUUUCCAAUCUGAAUUUUGAUUUGAUUGCAUUUGCAUUAACAAAAAAUUCCACUGAUCUAUAUCUCUUCAGUGAAAAUAUGUUUUCCUCCAUGUGUAGAAUAUGUGUAGCAUACCACAGCUUAUACUGCCAUAGUAGAUUUCAAUGUUCAGUGAUUACAGCUUUUUCUCAAUAGUGCAGUAAGUAGGUGGGCAGUUCAUUGGUAAAAAUUUCUUAAUCUUAGCAAUUAAGUUAAAUGCUUUGAACUUUAAAAAUGUUUUCCAUUUGUAUUUUAGUUGUAGUGGUACCUGUGUCAGUGUGUAUUAUUCACUUAGCAGAAGAAAAUAUACGUUUCCAUUAUUUACAUAAUUUUAUCCAGUAGCUCUUCAUUAUCUGCUCCUUUAUCAGCAUUAGGCAUUGCUUAUGACAUUCAGGUAUUAGGUCUUUCACUUUAAAGAAGGAGUCAUGCUUAUGUUUAAUAAUGAAGGGAAUUUGAACACUUUUUAAUUUUGAGACAAAAUACUUUAGUAUGAAUUAAUAUUAAAAGUUUGAGGAGAAAAUUAAAUUAAUGUUUUCUACUGAUCUGAUCUAUUGUAUAGUUUAAUAGCUUCUCUAGUCAUCUUAAACAGGGUUGGGUUAGAUGAUAUAGACUCAGAAAUGAAAGCUAAUUUAGUUGCAGAGUGACAAAACUACACUAUCGAUUGUGUUUUCCUGAAAUUGGUUGUUACCUGAUACUCAUGGUUUCAUUUUUUAAAAAAAUUUAUUAGUUCUAGUGUUACCGAACACCAAUGCCAUGAAUUUGUCAUCUUGCCUAUGGCUCUUAGCAAUUACUUUUUUCUUUCCCUUUCUCUUUGAGUAUGGAGAUUGAAUUUGUUACUCAGCACAUGCUUCACAAAUAGCUUCAAAUAAAAUUAAAAUUAUUGUUCAAGUUUAGAAACACCAAAAAAAAAAAUUUGUGGCAAGAAUUUAAGCAUGGCAUUCUUUCAGUGUUAAUAUUUUCCAUGCCCUGUCUCCAGCUCUUAGAAAUCAUAGAUGCUAAGUUAAUGCAGAGUUUAGAAGUGUAUUUGUUAUUAUAUCAAAUAGGUUUAUGAAAUAUAUACUUCCC